UUCACCUCAGCUAAACAUAAAAAAAAAACACAUCUGAGAGUGAAUAACUUUAAAUAUAUCGACUCAUUUCAUCUGAAAUAAGCAAGAUUUGUUGCUCCUGUUGUGCGUGGUGACUCUCAGAGACUGGCUCGCUGUCGUAUGUAUGCUGUCUGCUGCAAACAUGACUAGAUUAGCCGCUGGCUAAAUUAGCCGACGAUAGCUUUAUUUGUCAGUGCAUGACUACCAGAGAGGACUUUAACGAGCUAAAGGUCUCCAACCUCCAGGCGGUGGCUGUGAAUUCAGGAUUUCAGAUGGAUCCAGAAUAUGAACAUCGCCUCCUCCGCCAAAUCAACAUUCAAAGUGACAACUUGAGCCCUGUUAAACUGACACACAGUCUGCGCAGUCGGACACCCACCGGCUCCCCGUUGUCUUCACCCAGUAAACUUGGAGACAGGUUCAUACCGACCAGAGCGGGGGCAAACUGGAAUAUCAACUUCCACAGGAUUAAUGAAAAUGAGAAGUCACCAAGCCAGAACAGAAAAACAAAGGAUGCCUCUACUGAUAAUAUCAAAGCAGACGGGCUGGCCUACUCUGCUUUGCUGAAGAAUGAGCUGCUGGGAGCAGGAAUAGAGAAGAUCCAAGACCCCCAGACAGAAGACAGGCGUCUACAACCAUCAACCCCAGAGAAGAGAAGUCUCUUCACUUAUUCUCUCAAUACCAAAAGGUCGUCACCAGACAAUGGCUCCAACAUAUCCCCUUACUCUCUAUCACCUGUCAGCAAUAAAAGUCAGAAAUUGUUGCGCUCCCCAAGAAAGCCAACUCGCAAGAUCUCAAAGAUCCCUUUUAAAGUCCUGGAUGCUCCAGAGCUGCAGGAUGACUUUUACCUCAACUUGGUGGACUGGUCGUCUCUCAACGUGCUCAGUGUCGGGCUGGGUACAUGUGUUUACCUUUGGAGUGCCUGUACCAGCCAGGUAACAAGGUUGUGUGAUUUAUCAGUUGAGGGAGACUCUGUCACGUCAGUUGGGUGGUCUGAAAGGGGUAACCUGGUGGCAGUGGGGACUCACAAAGGCUAUGUUCAGAUCUGGGACGCUGGAGCUGGAAAGAAACUCUUUGCCCUGGAAGGACACACAGCUAGAGUUGGAGCGUUAGCAUGGAAUGCAGACCAGUUGUCUUCGGGAAGCCGCGAUCGUAUGAUUUUUCAAAGAGAUGUGCGGACGCCUCCACUCCAGUCAGAGAGACGGCUGCAGGGACACAGACAGGAAGUGUGUGGCUUAAAGUGGAGCACUGACCAUCAGCUGCUUGCUUCUGGAGGCAACGACAACAAGCUUCUGGUUUGGAACCAUUCCUCGCUGAGCCCAGUGCAAACAUACAUGGAUCACCUGGCUGCAGUGAAAGCCAUUGCCUGGUCCCCCCACCAGCACGGGCUGCUGGCCUCAGGGGGUGGCACUGCCGACCGCUGUAUCCGAUUUUGGAACACUCUGACCUCACAGCCGCUGCAGUGUAUGGACACCGGAUCUCAGGUGUGCAACCUGGCCUGGUCCAAACAUGCUAAUGAGCUGGUGAGCACUCAUGGCUACUCUCAGAACCAGAUCUUGGUGUGGAAAUAUCCAGCUCUCACUCAGGUUGCCAAACUCACAGGACACUCCUACAGAGUGCUCUACUUGGCUAUGUCCCCGGAUGGUGAGGCGAUAGUGACGGGAGCCGGCGAUGAGACCCUUCGCUUCUGGAACGUAUUCAGUAAAACAAGGUCAACAAAGGAAUCUGUAUCAGUUUUAAAUCUCUUCACCAGGAUACGAUAACUUUAAGCAGAUAUUAGGACUCUAAAACUCUAAUUUGAGUUGAUUCUGGUGUCGCCACUGGAUCGCUCAUCAACAUGGUGCUGAGGACAUACAGAACAAGCUAAGGCUUCUUGUGACAUUUUUUUUCAGAGGAAGUGACAGUGAGAGCAACUGAGCAAGUCUUUUUUUUUUUUUCAUGCUAACAAUUGUUUGAAACUUUGUUCAAUGACUUCUGUGCUCUCAAUUUGAAUGUAGUCAUUUUUUUACUUUUUAAAAAAAUGUAUAAGUGGAUUGAAGAAGAAGGAAUCACAGGCCUUACUUUAAAAAUAUUAAAACAAUUUUCAUCAUUGUGGUGAUUUUUAGUUUUUGUUUAACUCAGGUCUUAUUUAUUUAAUAAUAUGCCAUGACAUUUACAACAACAACAACAAAAAUAAAAAAUAAACAUAGUCACCUACUAAGGCCUUUACAGUACAGUGCACCAUGUUUACUGUGAUCCAUAAAGUACUAAGGUUGAGGGUGGUGGGUUGAAAUGCAGUUUUGCUCUUGUGGACAGAAAGUCUAAUGCUGUGCAUCUAGACAUAUACUACAUGAUUGAUUCUUUGUAGUAAAGGAAGAAUAAAAAAUGGGACUGAA